GGUUCUUAUGUAGUAGCCAGUAGGCUGUAGAGAAAAACUUCACGCAUUUCGAUAGGAGAUAGCUGCCAAAAUCACAAAAAAAAAUGUAUGUUCAAACGAUUUGCAGUCACUUCACAACGAAGCCGUUUGCAAAAAUGAAAUCUUCAAAAGCACGCAACUUUCCGGCACUUCAGAACAUCGAAGGGGAGACACAAGUGGCCACGAUCAGCGAUUCUAACGGCGUACAGCGGCGUGGACAGCCACUGGAGUCUGACCUGGGUCCCUGCAUACUCGACAGCUCGGGCAAGUACCAAUUGUGUCCGUUUUUGAGAGCGAACGAGCAAGAAAUUCCGGAAACCCAGGCAACCGAUCAGAAUAGUAAUAGUAAUCCGAAGGCUGACAAUAAAGAGGAGCAAAAGGAUAAGAGUAAAGAGCCGCCGGAGGAGAAGAAGAAUCGCUGUCACAAGUGUGGCAAGAAAUUGGGUCUGACUGGGGCAUUUCCAUGCCGUUGUGGCGGCAUUUACUGCGCCGUUCAUCGCUACAGCGACCGGCAUGAGUGCAGCUUCGACUACCGCGAAAUGGGCGCCAGUGAGAUCCGUCGUGACAAUCCGGUUACUGUGGCCAAAAAGUUGCCAGAGAUAUAGUGUCCAUACAUAAAACAUAUCAAUAAAUAGCUAUGUUAUCCAAAAAUGCAUCUACGAUGCACAAUCCCAAUCAGAAAUAAUCCUAUGCUGUAAAAUACCAACCACAAAAUACCAACAAUAAAAUACCAGCUAAUCUCCUAUCAUA